UCAAGAUCAUACUGUUUUCAUCUAUAAUACAGUUGAAAAAAUGUAAAAUAUUACAACUAUAAAUUUUUAUAUUCUUAUGUACUUGAAAUUCAAAUAUCUACAUGUAUAUGGUAGUCUCCGAUGGCGAAUGGUUAACAAACAGUUGAAAGAAACAGGCUCUGAUGGGCGGAUCACCUGUCCAAAAAAUUGUGGUAGUCACUAUAAAAGUAAAAGUGGUUUGUACAAUCAUCUCAAAUAUGAGUGUGGCAUCGAUCCGCAGUUCAAGUGCAAUUAUUGUGGAAAAAGCUUUGCUCGUCAUAGUAAUAUGCGAAGACACAUGCUUGUUCACCUGCCAGGUUCUGUGAAAAAGGAGGCUGAAGAUGAUAAUUGCAAUCCUUUAUGGUUUUACAACACUGACUCUCAAUAAUCCUAAUUCAGACAAAUUACUUUAAAUUGUGUUAUAAUAGACAGGAUUAAUAAGUUCUGAAACAUGCAUUUACACACCAAAAAUUAUAUAUUUCAAUACAAAUAAGGCAUUUUUAUUUUUGGACUCAAUUUAUUAACUAGUUUAAUCAUUAUUAAAAUCAAUGUUAAAAAUAUUGAAAUAUAAACGGACUUCAACAAAGUAUUCAGUCGACAAUAAAAUUAUUAAAAUUAUUAAAAUUAUUAAAUAUGCUCUGCAUUGAUAUAUAAAUAUUGAAAGGU